GCAGAGGGAAAACAUUUGAACUACAGAACAGAUAAAAUAAUCGAGAAUUAAAUUGCAUGAUAAGGUGUUUCACAGGGUGGAGGGAAGCAGCACAGUGGAGGAAAAUCCAUCCCCAUGACUACUGGUCCUUCCUCCUCCCUGCUCACUGUUCAUCUCCUCUUGAAUUCCAGAGCUUGUUUUAUUCCUCAGCAGCCUUCCUACAGCCUGGCAGAUUCAGUACUGCUGGAAAGUGGGGAUCUGUGGUUUGUUACAGACAGAGAAGAAAGGAGAGUUUAAGUAUUGCUUUAGGAGACAUGGCUUUGCUCUGGAUUCUUUUAUACAGAAAGAAGAUGUGCUUGCUGCCUCUGAGGGAAAAGAAAAAUUGUUAAAGCAGUGUGGAUAUGACGUGAAUUUUUCAUCAGGCUCUCAACACGAUUACUAGGGGUGAAGAAUGAUCUUCUUCCAGCUUGUUUUCCAAUAACUCCACAGGGGAAUUAAGGUUGGAAACAAACUCUUUCUGGCUAGAAAGCUGGUUGGAAGAUGCUUCAGGAUGGAUAAAGCUGUUCAGCAUCCCAGCGAGAUCCUGAAUCAAACUGUCUCUAACAUUAGCCUUUCUCAGUUCUUGAACUUUGAUACAUGCCAACUUUCCUCCCUUGCAGAAUUCUUGCUUAUUACAGCUUACACAUUGGUUACACUAGUGGGGCUUGUAGGAAAUCUUUGCUUAAUUAUUAUAAUAAAGAGACGGAAAGAAGCUCAAAAUGUCACCAACAUUUUGAUUGCCAACCUCUCUUUAUCAGAUGUCUUGAUCUGUAUCAUGUGCAUUCCUGUCACAGUUGCAUAUACCUUAAUGGACCACUGGAUAUUUGGGGAAGCAAUGUGUAAAAUAGGCUCUUUCAUACAAAGUCUAUCUGUCUCAGUCUCCAUUUUCUCACUUGUACUCAUUGCUGUUGAGAGAUACCAGUUAAUUGUGAACCCACGGGGCUGGAAGCCUAAUAUUUCACAUGCUUAUUGGGGAAUUCUUCUCGUCUGGGGGCUUUCCCUCAUCAUAUCCACUCCUUUUUUAGUAUUCCACCAAAUAACAGACGAACCCUUCAAACAUUUGUCUUUCUACAGUGAUUUCUACAAGAACAAGGUUGCUUGCAUUGAAGCGUGGCCAUCUCUUACAGAGAGACUGAUUUUCACCACCAGCCUCCUGGUUUUCCAGUACUGCUUCCCACUGGGGUUUAUUUUUGUCUGCUAUCUCAGGAUAUUUGUAUGUCUUAGACGGAGACAAAGUAAAAUAGACAGGAUGAGAGAGAAUGAGAACAGGCUGAGUGCAAACAAAAGGAUCAAUAUGAUGCUGAUAUCAAUGGUUGUGACCUUUGCAACUUGCUGGUUGCCUCUCAAUAUAUUCAAUGUGGUUUUUGACUGGAACUACGAGGCACUAAUGAGCUGUAAUCAUAACCUGGCAUUUACAAUCUGCCACCUUGUGGCCAUGAUCUCAACAUGUAUCAAUCCCAUCUUUUAUGGAUUUCUGAACAGGAACUUCCAGAAGGAUUUGGUAGUGUUAGCUCACCACUGCAGAUGCUCAGCAUCACAAGAGGAAUAUGAAAAUAUUGCCCUUUCAAACCUGCAAACAGAUGCAUCUAAAGGGUCUCUGAAGUUAAAUAAUCCCCAUGUGGAUAUAUAAAAUAAUCUAGUUGCAGCUUCCAAAAUUCUGUAUUUUGCUGCAGAUGGCCUUUUUCUGUUACCACCAAGUUUAGAGGAAGUCUGCCAUUUAAUUCAGCAAAACCAGGAUUAUGCUGCCAUAGGCAUAGUUCCUAACAGGUACUUUAUGAUAGUAUUAAUGCUGGUAAAACCACUUAGAACAGGCCUAAAGAUCAAUCAUAAUAAAUUAUAAACAGUAUUAACAUCUUACUUUUUUUCCAAUAAAAAUGUUUCAAUUUCAGCCACUGACGGGGAUGUCCUUCCUAAACACCUGGCUUCCCCCAGCUAAACCCUGAACACUGUGGUAUUCCUAAUUCAGCAGCCUUUCACACACUGUUUUCUAGCAUUUUUAUUUUCCAGCCCUACACCAAUACCCUCCCUGAUGAAUCUGCAGUUUAGAGGCAGUUCACACUGUAAGAAAGGCCCCUAAAGUUAUCCAAGACUCCACUGCCUUCCUUUCAGCCCCCUCAUGCACUUUGCUUUGGCUUAGUGGCAGUUCAGCCCAGAAAUUGUAUUUUAACAAGGGAAAAGGGUAGAGCUGGACUUGUUUUAUUAUGAACACUAAAACAGGACCCAUUUGAUGUACUGCAAGUUUCACUCAGAAUGAUGUUGCUCAAGAUGAAAUUUGAACAUUUCUCCUAAAAGCAUUGCAUUCUCCAAAGCACCAGUAAAGGUCAUUGUUUUUCUCUCUUACCAUCAUCACUGCUCCUUACAGCAGACCUUUUAGAAUCUCCAUUAUCAAAACAACCCACUACGAAUUCAGAGUAAAAUUUGUUUUGGCUACUUACUUGGAUUCUCUUUGAGUUGAAAAUUAGGUUUGCAUUUUAAUUUCAGCUAUAUUUUUCCCCACAUUUCUGCACUAGCAAGAGGGCACACUUGAGCAGAUGUGGUCAUUUCUGUUCACAAAAAUACAGUUUCUGUGUUUCAAAGCAUUUUCUUUAGUAACACACUACAAAGAAGCCUAAAGGGAUAAUACUGAACAGAAUUUUUUUUUAAACUAAAACAUUUUAAAAACCACUUUCCAGUGUGGCCAUAAAAAAAUAGCCAAACUUCUUCUUCAUCCGUGAUAUAGUGGCAACAUAAAUAAUCAGUUAAUGUUGAGCUAUUUAAACACAGUACUUAGAACACUUUAGUCCAAAAAUUCACCAUGCUUCCUCUUGUUCAAAUUAAAUAUAAUUAAUUACUUGUACUGCUAAAGCCCCUUCUUUUUUUUCUUCUGAGUUUCAAAGCACCCUGUUCUAAUACUUGUACAUAAAGUUCCUUGUAAAGUAUUCUCUAACUUCAGCAAUUUAUUAAUGCCCCACUUAAGCAAAAAUAAUUCACAUUCAAAUUACAGUGAGCUCCUUGAUGACUCAGCUGUGAUGAAACUCACCUUAAGGCUAUGAAGUUCUCUUGGAGAGGUAACAGUGCUUUCCUUACCCAUCCAGUUCCUAAAGGGCACAGUUCUUGUUCCAGCAUCAGUUCAGACUGUCUGCACUGCUCUGUUCAGCAGAAGAGCUCUGUCAGAGGAGCCUCACCAGCCCCUGCAGAUGCUCAGGUUUGUUAAGUAACCCUUGAUUCACACUGAGAUAAAAGUCCUCGGUGAAUCUCUUCAUGUCUGAGCCCAUAGAAGUCAGAAGGGCAGCUUCAGCACAAGAGAAAGAAUGGUAGAAUUAGUGACAUGGUAAUCAAGAAUCUGAGUGAUAGGUAUGGAUUAGCUUUGGCAUAAUUUAGGGGUUUUUUUCUAAUUAAAUCAAAUAUCACGCAUGUGGAAUUGAUUAUGCAAUCUUAACCCCUGCCUUGUGCAUCACAGAGAAGAAACCAGGAGACAGCUAAAUACCUAAAAAGGGCCAAUGAUCAGACUGUUGAGAGUAUCUCAGCAUUAACUAUUGCUGUGAACUUCAACCCAGGUCACUGGGCUGCCUUUAUUGCUGAUGCACAUCAUCUGUUUGUUCAGCACAACAGGCAUUUCAUCAGGUUAAAAGCAGUGACUUGCAGCCAGUGACACUGGGGCCAUGCAGGGUCAGAGGGGCUGGCUGUGCUCUGGUGAAGGGAUGGAGCUGCUUCUUUCACCACUGAGACUCCUGGGUCACAAAGUGAUCCACUGUCUUCAUUGCACCUGGCUAAACUGAGAGCAGAUCUGACCCAGGAACUUCACUUUUCUUAGGCAUCCCAGUACCUGUCUUAAAAACCAUUUACUCCUGUCAGAAGGAUGUUUCCUGAACAGUGUUUUAACAAAUGCUGGUGCCACACCUGCUAGACUGGGCUAUCAACAGUAUUUCCCUAGGUUUUGAACACAAAUCUCUAUCACCAUCUUCCUCAAAUUUAAGUACACUGUUUACAGCUUCUGGGCCCAUGCUUAAAGAAUUUUACAAGCACAUGACAUUCACAAUUUACUCUAAUUUAUUAAUACUAGCACAGCAGUUCAGAUUGCUGUCAUUGGCAAAUGUCUCAGACGGUAUUUAAAGUCUGAAUCAGGCCCAGCUGAAAUUCCCAUGUGUGAACUUGGCCUAAGUGGCUCCCAUCCCAUCCCAUCCCAUCCCAUCCCAUCCCAUCCCAUCCCAUCCCAUCCCAUCCCAUCCCAUCCCAUCCCAUCCCAUCCCAUCGGCCCAGUGUGCUUACUUUUACAGCAGAGGUGGCUUUAGUAUCAUGUCCCAGGCAGUUUUAAAGCAAUCAUGAAAUGAAUUCUGGUUCAGAUUCUGUGAUGCUGAUGGAUGGUCUCUCCAUAGAAGUGCUUGGACAGUAUGUAUUAGACAGGCAUAAAAAAGAAGAUUGCCAUCAUUUUUUUUGCAAUAGCAAUUGUCUACUCCUGACACCCUGAUCAGAGUUAAGCACUCAAUUUUUCCUUCCAGUCUGAAAAUCUUGGUAUAAGAGGGUUCUUCAUUAGCAGGUGGGAGCUCUCUGAGCAAUGACACUGCUUCAGAAUCAAAAGUGAACAAUAACACUUGUGCCUUGAUUUCUCCUUCUCAUUUUUUCUCACACUUUCACUUGACUCAAGUGUUGAUGGAUGCUGCAUUUCUGUUCUGAGCAUUCAGUCAUCAAGCAUCUCUCCUUGAUGCUGCACUUGUAACAAUCAUUGUUAACAGAGCAGAGGAUUCUCACUGCCUCAGACGUCGCCCUCAGCGCUGCACAUUCUCUCACCACAUCCACUGCCUCCCUGUGCAUCCUUAUACUGGACUUCCAAGCAAGUCAGCAGGAGCCAAUUGACUGUGACAGGAAUAGGAACAAAGAGUAAUUACUUGUUGUUAAAGCAUAAGUAUUAUGGGCUCCAACCUGAUGUGUGACAGCGGUAAAGGUAACUGCAAUACCUGAUAUUUAAAGUUGCUCAAGUUAAACUGGCAAAUGUUGCCCUGUCUUGGGUAAUACUGAUGACUUUAUUUUCACUUUUUUUUAUUGGUAUAGCCAAGUAGAAAAAAAUACUAACAGCAUUUCUCAGCAGAAAGUUGUUACCUGAUGCAACCAGCUGGAGAACUGUGAGCUUCCUUGGGGAAGCAGCACCAUGGAACUAACUACAGAAAGCUGGAGGGGAAGCUUGUACUCCAGAUGCUAUUCCAGUGUAGAAAGUCUUAGUUUUUAAAAAUAAAAACUGUAUCAGAGAUUUGUUUGAGUGGUUUGGUCAUGUAGACCAAUAUAUUUAUAAACAUCCUUGUAAAUGAACUGUGUCCUUAUAUGUCUGUGUAUUUUAUGGUUGAUUGGUUUCACUUUAACCACCUAUAACCUUAUAACUAGGGUUAGAUACUUGGGAGCUUCCAUUCACUGUGGAAAUGAUUCCACUUUUGAGCAAAGAGCUCAACUGAUUAUUGACUGUAAUCCUGUCUGUGGACAAAGGCAGUGCCAGUGCUGUGUGUGAUUUAAAGACUUUGAUUUCUCCCAUUGACUGACAAAUAAAUAUUACCCUGUGUAAAACC